GUGCUCGGAGUGAGGUGCCAAAGGUUCUCUAUAAAGCGCUGGGGCUCCCAGCCACCUCCACUUGCCCUCCAGCUCUCGAGCUGCCUACACGUGCCAGGCCUGGCCCAGCAAGCACCAUGGUGAAGCUUGUGUUGCCCAACCCGGGCCUGGAAGACCGGAUUCCAUCCCUGGAUGAGCUGGAGACCAUUGAGCAGAAGGAAGCCAGCUCCCGGCCCAAGUGGGACAACAAGAUGCAGUACAUGCUGACCUGUGUGGGCUUCUGCGUGGGGCUGGGCAACGUGUGGCGCUUUCCCUACCUGUGCCAGAGCCACGGAGGAGGGGCCUUUAUGAUCCCGUUCCUCAUCCUGCUCGUGCUGGAGGGGAUCCCCUUGUUGUACCUGGAGUUCGCCAUUGGCCAGCGGCUGAGGAAGGGCAGCAUGGGCGUGUGGAGCUCCAUUCACCCGGCUCUGAAGGGUGUAGGCAUCGCCUCCAUGUUCGUAUCCUUCAUGGUGGGCCUGUACUACAACACCAUCAUCGCCUGGGUCAUGUGGUACUUCUUCAACUCCUUCCAGGAGCCUCUGCCAUGGAGCGAGUGCCCGCUCAACGGUAACCGCACAGGCUACGAGGAGGAGUGCGCGCAGAGCUCCUCCGUGGACUAUUUCUGGUACCGAGAGACCCUCAACAUCUCCACCUCCAUCAGCGACUCGGGUUCCAUCCAGUGGUGGAUGUUGCUCUGCCUGACGUGUGCCUGGAGCGUGCUGUACGUGUGCGUCAUCCGGGGCAUCGAGACCACCGGGAAGGCUGUGUACAUCACCUCCACCCUGCCCUACAUCGUGCUCACCAUCUUCCUCAUCCGUGGCUUGACCCUGAAGGGCUCCACCAAUGGCAUUGUCUUCCUCUUCACGCCCAACGUCACCGAGUUGUCCAACCCCAACACGUGGCUGGACGCGGGGGCCCAGGUCUUCUACUCCUUCUCCCUGGCCUUCGGGGGCCUCAUCUCUUUCUCCAGCUACAACUCCGUGCACAACAACUGUGAGAUGGACUCAGUGGUGGUGUCCAUCAUCAAUGGCUUCACGUCCGUAUUCGCGGCCACCGUGGUCUACUCCAUCAUCGGCUUCCGAGCCACGGAGCGCUUUGACGACUGCUUCAGCAAGAAUAUCCUGACACUCAUCAAUGGGUUUGAUCUGCCCGAGGGCAACGUCACCCAGGAGAACUUCGAGGCGAUGCAGCAAUGGUGCAAUGCCACCAACCCCGCAGCCUACGCACAGCUGCAGUUCCAGACGUGUGACAUGAACUCCUUCCUCUCCGAGGGUGUGGAGGGCACAGGCCUGGCCUUCAUCGUCUUCACGGAGGCCAUCACCAAGAUGCCCGUGUCACCACUGUGGUCCGUCCUGUUCUUCGUCAUGCUUUUCUGCCUGGGGCUCUCAUCCAUGUUCGGCAACAUGGAGGGCGUUGUCGUGCCCCUGCAGGAUCUCAACAUCACCCCUAAAAAGUGGCCCAAGGAGCUGCUCACAGGCCUCAUCUGCUUGGUGAUGUAUCUCAUCGGUUUCAUUUUCACCCUGAAGUCUGGCCAGUACUGGCUCUCCCUGCUGGACAGCUACGCUGGCUCCAUUCCCCUGCUCAUCAUAGCCUUCUGCGAGAUGUUUGCCGUCAUCUACGUGUACGGCGUGGACAGAUUCAACAGGGACAUCGAGUUCAUGAUCGGCCACAAGCCCAACCUUUUCUGGCAGGUCACGUGGAGAGUGGUCAGCCCGCUGAUUAUGUUGGUCAUCUUCCUCUUCUUCUUCGUGAUCGAGGUCAACAGGAAGCUCAUGUAUAGCGUCUGGGACCCUGAUUAUGAGGGGUUCCCCAAGUCCCAGAAGGUUCCAUACCCAGGCUGGGUGUAUGCUGUGGUGGUGGUCGUGGCUGGGGUGCCUUGUCUCAGCAUCCCCUGCUUUGCAAUCUACAAGCUCAUCAGGAACCGUUGUCAGAAGACCGGGGACCGCCAUGGGCUGGUCAGCACCGUGUCCACAACCUCCGUGAAUGGGGACCUGAAGUACUAAGUGGGCCCAGGGCAUCGAGGGCAGCAGAUGGCACGGGCAGGCGGGAAGAGGCAGGACCCUUGCAGCGGGGCCAGGCUACCACCUAAGUUAACGUGUGCGGUUACGUUCCUGGACUCCACGCGCCAUCUAAGCGUCGCGCAUGUGUGGUGCAAAUAUGUGGUGCACAUGCGUAGUUGUGUGUGUACGGAAGGUAUAGAUCCAUGUGCAUAGGUGUGGUACACGCACGCAUUAGUGUGGGAGUGUCUAAUGGAGGCAUGUAUAUGCAGGUGUGUCUGUGCGUGUAUAAGUUCAUGCACGUGUGUCAGCGUUAUGCCUGCAUGUACAUGCAUACGUGUGUACACAUAGUGCAUGUGUGUGCACAUACAGGGAAGUGUCUGCAUGUUUCUGUGUAUCUGUGUGUAUAUACAUGUAUUAUCUGAAUAUAUAUAUAUGCGAGUGUUUAUGUGUGAGUCUGUGUGUGUCUACACACGUGUGAGUUAUGAGUUGUAAGUGUGGAGGCGUGUCUACAUAUGUACGUGUGUGUGUGUGUGUGUGUGUGCAUAUGUACUGGCGUGUGCACGUGCCUGUUAUCUGUGUGCACAUAGCACACAUGAGGACACGUGUUUACAUUGCUUGUGACGCUUGUGCCAACCACUCCGGCCUGGCCGCCCUUCCACUCACCCUCAUCUUGGGCAGCGUGGGGCAUGAGCUGUGGCCCCCAGCGUCGCCUUGUUCGGGGGCCCACCCUGCCGUGCCCACGCCCUGUCCCUGCCUUGGCAGUGGGAAGAAGGAGGCAGGGACACUCUGUCAACGUCCCAGCUCUUGCUGUGGUCCCUAGGCUCAAACCCCGAGUUCAAGGGGUGCACUCCUUUGGUCCUCAAAGAGAAGCCCAGGAGGCUGGCAGGAGAGGGUAAGAAAGCUUUCCUUGGCUUGGAAAGCACGCCCUGGCUUUCUGAUCACUGACCCACUUAAUCAUUGCUCCACGGAGCACUUCAGCCCAGCUCACCUCGGCCGGGCUGUGGCAGGAGCUGCCCCGUGGGCUGGAGAAUACACCAACCGGCCCGUGAAUCUUUAGCCAGGUGCUGGCAAAAGGGGGUUAAAAAGUAACUUGGUAAAAAAAAAAAAAAAUAGCCACUGGCGUUGAGUAUACACGGUGAGUCCCCAGCACCUUAGUGACCAUGAGGCCCAGAUUUCCUGAUCCCCCAAACCACCUCUCCUACCACUGGCUUGGUGUUUCUGACUCACACCUAACCUCAGCCACAGGCACGUGGUACUCACAGAGUUCGCUCUAACAGCCUGAUCCCUUCCUCGUUCUGUAGAAAAAAGCCUAGUUUUAAGUUGGACUGAACUUUCUGAGAGGGUGGAGGCUGUGCUAGACACUGGUGCCACAUCAGUACUGCUCCGACUCCUGGCACCCCAGCUGGGCACCCACUGUGGGAGCGCUGAGUCUUGUCCUCAGACAACCCCCAUGAGCACACUGGCCACUGAGAGUCACGGGCCACAGAGCCUUACUCGGAAGAAUAGCAUUGGCCCCCAUGAGCAGGGGUGGGUCCCCGCCCCCUUUCCCUGAAGCCCCUGGAGCCUUGACUGGGAAGAUGUCGCUGGUCUUUUGGAUUCUGAGGAGGCUCGACCAUGUGUGAAGUCUCCCCCUGUGGCCUGGCUUGGGUCAGUCGUGUCCCCUGCUGUCCCCGGCAAGGAAUUGCUUGCAAGCCCCAUGUCUGUAUAAAAUGUGACCGUGACAGAAAUGCAAGUUGAUGGGUCUAAAGUCUCAGUAAACUAUUGCUAUCUAA